AUAUUUCUCUCCACCAGAAAUCCUAGGUCUAUUCCUUAUCCCUUCCUUUUUUAUUUACUGUUUAAUAACUUUCUGUUUUCCUUCUAUCUAGAUCCAUUUGAGGUCCAGGGCAGAGCAGGUUGUGAUCUGAACCCUGGGAGGCUCCAGUAAAUUACACUGAGGGGAGAUUUAGGAGGACUGGAUUUCCUGAGCAUCCAGAAUCAUUCAUGUGCACCUGCCCCAGAGGACAGCAGGAGAGCAGAGCAGUUUUGUACACUACUUGGUCAGUACCAAGAGAUCUGUAAUACCGUGGAGAAUCUCCUCUAUAAAGCCUGCCCCCAAUUUCUCUUGAGUGUUCUCAUUGCAGGAAAGGUGGAUCUGCAGAGGCAAAAAAAGCCUGAUCCCCGGCUGUCCAGUGGCCUCUCUCCUGGUCCUGGCCGUCUGCUGCUGGUGUGCUAUGUCUCAGGAUUCUACCCAAAGCCUGUGUGGAUGAUGUGGACGCGGAGGGAGCAGGAGCAGCUGGACACUUGGCGAGGUGAUGUCCUGCCCAAUGCUGAUGGGAGCUGGUAUCUCCGAGUAACCCUGGAUGUGGCAACUGGGGAGGCGGCUGGCCUGUCUUUAUCACUUGUCAAAAACCCCUCUGGAGAAAAUAACCUUUGCUCUGAUGACAACUAUAAUCUAGCUACAAAGACUCUCCAGAUGGGACUCCAGCUCCUCAUUUUUCAGUACGAAUGA